AGCCCUAAUCCUUAAUCCUUUCAGCAGAAAUCACCCACAACUCCACAAGCCAGAAGAGGGAUCUGGGAUCAGCAGUUCAGCACCGCCAUCGCCACCGCAUCCCGCAGCGACAGCAGCGACGGCGUUGAGAGCCGCAACCACCACCGCGUUUGGAAUUUGGAUGAGGAUGAUGAUGUAAUCCGCACACAGACUCCAACCGAGAGAAAAGCAAAACCAGCAAAUCUCUUCUGUCUUAUCUCCAAACUAAAUUGGAACGUAAUCGACACUCAGGUCAAACACUGAACACUCUAAACUUAUAAUAAAAAGUAAAAAAGAAAAGGGGAGAAAUUUCCCAUGGCAGAAAGAGUAGAGGGAUUCAACUUCGAGCAAAGGCAUGGGAAAAAGAGGGUAAGGGUGGCUCGCGUGUGGAAGACGAAGGAAGGAAAACACUACGUUGUGGAGUGGCGAGUCAGCAUCAGUCUCCUCUCUGAUUGUGUCAACUCUUAUCUCCGUGAUGAUAACUCCGAUAUCGUUGCCACUGACACCAUGAAGAACACUUUAAAUUUUUAGUUCUGCUGGUUCAAUUACGGAUUUAGUUUUCACUAAAUGCUUACGAGGAGGUAGAAGAGGGCAUUGGUGUCAUUUCACAACAAAACUAGGGUUUAGAGAAACAGAAACGGAUCCCCUUAAAAUACCCUUCACUCCAAUUAACUAGUUCGUUUGAUACUGCGGCUGCUACGAGUUGGAGCUUCCAUUGUCUCCAAAUCUCUCAAGAGCGCAAAUCUGCACCGCAACAAUGGCCACUUCCGCCGCCGCCACAACUGCCGCAGCGCCACGCCAGCUGUCACAGAAGGAGCAGGACAUCCAGAUGAUGCUUGCUGCUGAGGUCCACCUCGGAACCAAAAAUUGCGACUUCCAGAUGGAACGCUACGUCUUCAAACGCCGAAAUGAUGGUAUUUACAUAAUUAACCUUGGCAAGACAUGGGAGAAGCUCCAACUUGCUGCUAGGAUUAUUGUUGCUAUCGAGAACCCGCAGGACAUCAUUGUUCAGUCUGCUAGGCCAUAUGGUCAGAGAGCUGUCCUUAAGUUUGCACAAUACACUGGUGCGAAUGCAAUUGCUGGAAGGCACACUCCUGGAACAUUCACUAAUCAAAUGCAAACAUCCUAUAACGAGCCUCGUCUACUCAUUCUGACUGAUCCAAGGACUGAUCAUCAGCCCAUUAAGGAAGGUGCUCUUGGAAAUAUUCCGACCAUUGCCUUCUGCGACACCGAUUCUCCGAUGCGCUAUGUUGAUGUUGGCAUUCCUGCCAAUAACAAGGGGAAGCACAGUAUUGGUUGUCUGUUUUGGUUAUUAGCAAGGAUGGUUCUGCAGAUGAGGGGUACUAUUCGUCCGGGGCUUAAGUGGGACGUGAUGGUGGAUUUAUUCUUCUAUAGAGAACCUGAAGAGGCCAAGCAACAAGAGGAGGAGGAAUUACCAGCUGCCCCAGAAUAUGCCAUUCAAGAUUUUGGUGCUGCUGGCAUUGCCGGCUUCCCCGCAGCUGAUGGGGAAUGGGGGGCUGUUACAGCUGAACCAUCCUGGACUGAACCAGUUCCUCAGCAACCCAUUGCAGCUGCUCCUGCUAACUGGGCCCCAGACGCCGCUGCAGGUGAUUGGGAGCCAGUUCCAGCUCCACAGGCAUCCGUUCCUGCACCUGGAGGUGUUGCUCCCACUGGCUGGGACUAGGCAUCGAGUUUGGAAUUUUGUUUAUGUUUUCUUUGCUUCCUGAGCAAUUUUCCUUCCGGGAUUAUUUCUUUAGGAAACAUACAUAUUUAGUAUUUUGUAGUCUUGGUAUUGAGUUUUAAAAUUUUGUUGACGUGUCGAUGGAAGCUUGUUUAGUUUCAACAAUUUAACAGGAUUCGUAAUGGAAGUUUGAGCAGUUAAUUGACAAGGACAUGCUACUUUUUGCAUGGCAAA